AUGAGACGUCGCUCUAACGCUUCUGAAUUGAAGCUGUGUUUUAAUCAUGUUUCCCUUAACGCAUCCGCGGACACCAACGACUGUAAAGCGCCGUACAUGAACAACGAUGAACUUAGUGUUUCCAACACUCAGCCCGAGCGGCGCAACUUUCCUGAAAGCUUGCAAGGGUUUUUGAUCAAAAGAAGCGACCAAAAUUCUCAGAGUGCACGAGCAUCCAACCGUGCCACUAACUCACUUAAGAACAUGCAAAUUGAUAGCAAUACUAUUACAAUUGGUGGCUCCACUACCCCGAAAAGACCCGGAAAAUAUCGGCUUCGAAUGGACCUAAAUGUUCACAAUGUUGGUAAAGUUCUACCGAAUCAAGAUAGCUCGGCGGGCACGGCAAUCGCCUCAGGGCACUCAGAGUUAAGCCGGAGCCCUAGCGCUCUACCUCGCCGAGAAACUGCUACCAAAAAGAAGAAGGCGUUUCGGUUGGAACUGGGGCUUCAUGAAUUCAGAUUCUCAGAGGAACAGGUAUUACUAGACUUGUCAUGUGUUACUGGGAUCAAAGAGGGAGACUUGGCUGAAUUAAAGACCUACCAAGGCAAAAAUGGUUCAAAAGGCAAGAAGAUAUAUUUCAUUGUCAAAGCUUUUGAUAGGGAUCUUCGAAAAAGAUAUAAGAACGCGCAAAUUUCAAUCUUGUCAGGACAAUUGCAGCAUACAUUAGGACUACCAUCGCGCUCUAAAGUCUGGGUUAAAGUCAAGGAUAAAGAGUCUACGCAAGCGGAUGUCGUUGAGAUCAAUGUAAAAGACUGUCUCAUUCACAGGGGAGAUAUGUGGGUAUUUUCGUCAGAGAUCACCGGUGGUUGUGUGUACUGUGAACAGAAACUGACAUUUGUGGACAGCGUCAGAGCAACUGUCAAAGCAAUAUACCGGGAAGGCAAAAAGGUCUUGUCAGGCUACAUUGGCAACCAAACGAAAGUUGUUUUUCGUUCAGAAUCUGCACGUCUCAUUUUUCUUAUUCAGAUUACUGAUGAAAUGUGGCAUUUCGAGGAGAAUGGUGACAUUUACUUUUACAAAGUAGUGAACUCUGUGUUUCCUACCAUAUUCAAGAAGUGGAAAAAUAUAGGAACCCAUCACACAAUAACUAUUGUCUUUUCUGCCUCUCUCGACUUCUCAGAUGUCGCGUUCAAAGACUUGCCUGAAGGAGAAAGACCAAAAAAUACAAAAGAUUACUAUCGCAUUGUUGUGGACCAAGUUAACAUAGUUCAUUGGACGGAAAUUAUGAAAACGCUUCGGCGUGAGUUUAAAAAUAUUGCGAAAGACCUGAAAACCUUCAAAACAGAAGACGGAACGAGUGUCCUUAAAGGGCGUUUCUCACCUGUUAUCAAAUCUAACAUCUUGGAAACCAUGUGCCUAGCUGCAACAUUUGUCACAAACCCUUUCAGACAGCCAGACCUUAGGCGUACGGUCGCGCAUGUCAUCAUUGUUUCUCCUGGCACAGGUAUCUACGAUGUUGAUUAUGACUUACUCAAAGCAACAAGCACGAAAAUUCAGUCUCUCGAGCUCUCAAUUGACGUUCUGUGUUUAGCCCGGCCACCCCUCCACAUCGUACCUCUGUUGAGAUUUAGGGACUAUGAGAACAAGCUCCGUUACUGCGCACCUUCGUGGAUUAAUAUUUCGUUUUGGAGGCACUCGAGCAACUCUAGCGUAUGGUAUCCAAGGUGCAAAAUGCAUGAUCUUCAGAUGAUGGGCUUGACAGAAACUGAAAUGAAGGAGCAGGUUGAAAUCGAUUAUAUGGAUGCGCCGUCUGCUGCAGAAUCUGUCAUGGCCAUGAUGAAGAAUCACGAUGAGGACAUAUUCAGUUCCCAGGUCUCUACAGAUAAUGUGCAAGAUCGAUACUCAGUUUCGUCAGCCCCAAGCAAUGGCAAAAAGGCCACUGUCAAGAAGAGUUUUAAAGAAAUUUCUGGUAAAGCACCACUAGCCUGGAACCCUCCAAAAUCGGCCUCUCCCAUGGUCCAAUCGACUGCUUCUUUGCAAGUUUUUGGCGACUUGGCACAAUCGGCCUCCACUGGACUCUUAGAUGAUAAGGAGACCAAAUCUAGCUUUACCAAAUUAGAUAAAGGUUCUCAAAAAGAUUCGCGUGCAAUUAACACGUUAAAGAAUGCCACAAAAUCCAGCAACAUUGCACAGCGGCUAGUUUCUAAGUUUCUCCCUGAAAUUGAGUCAAAGAACAAAAAAACCUCCACUAACCUGCCCUAUAAUUCAAGUGAUUCUCAAUCACGACACCUGGCAUUGGGCAAUAGCCCCGAUAUCGAUGACAAUGGGGUACAUCAGCAAUGGCCGGUACUGAAGAAGAACUUAUCAUCUUUCGAGAGACCAGAUCGGAAAAAAACAACUUUCGAUGUCUCUUCUUUUUGUUCACAGUCAUUCGUUGGAUCGCCAAAUCGUUUCACAGACUCCCCAAGGCGGUCGAUAGAUUCUCCAAGGCCGAAAUAUGUGGCAAAAGAAUUGCCACAGGAUAUGUCGGCUACACUGUUUAGUUGGUUGGAGAUAAAGAAUGUAUCAAGGCCAAUAAGUUCCGAGAGAGCAGGGCACCUAAUUGCACCUCAAUGGAAAGAUGUCUUUCCUAGGUAUGUUGCUAAGAAAUACAGCAAAUGGAGGUCUCUUACUACACCUGCUGAGUUACCGAUCACAAUCUCUUCGUUUCCUGCUAAGGAAGACUUUGAGAAGAAUUUCACGUUCACAAACCAUUCAGUUAUUUCAAACCCUGAUCAAGAAGUUGGAAAUCAAACUGCAUUUGAUCUCCUGAGAGAUAUGAUCUACGUGAGGCUUCUGGCUGGCUUUCAGAUUUGCGUGGGAGAUUCUUUAGAAAGGUUAGAGUCCUCCAAAAACAAUGAGGGCGAUACACGAAGAAUUACGAAGAUUUUGACAAAACAUAACUACAUGGAUGUGAAAUUUUUCAUGAUGCUUGGCGAAGAAAUUCACCGGCUCACCUGCACCCUUGAUGGCACCAUAGAUGUUCAAAGACAUAUAAGAAAAAAACUGAGCGAAUCAAGUUUUGGGGUGCCCACGUAUUGCCCUGAGAUCAAGACACGCUAUGAAAAUCAGUACCGGGAAAUUAUGACUGAUCCUUUGAAGAUGAACAGAGAAAAAGUUAACUGGAAUCAGCUCGAUCAAAUGCUUGCGGGGUAUGAAGAUUCUAUAAUUGAACAAAACAAAAAGCGUUUCAGAUCAAAAUUUGUUAUUUUACCAGCAGACGUCCCUGAAAAUACCAUUUCUUCGACUAUAAAUGGUAGGUCAGAGACCCUCAGCGCAGAGGAAAUUCGGCUUGAGGGUUUUAGGCGGCUUAUCUCAUCAAUUUACCGCGCCCGGUUAAGAAACGCGCAAGACGAAGUCAGUCGCUCUUCUCGUAAAGAAGAAAUCGCACCCGAAGUCAUAUUUUAUACGGGAUCUCUUUUCACCUUCAUUGACGAGCAAGCUGAGAUCUUGAGGUCAUCAGGUAAGGUAAAACAUGAUACCAUUUUCAUCAGAGAUGAAGACAAGCUUUCCAAAAAAGUGAGCUUAUCUAAACUAGCCCAGGAAAUGCAACAUGGCAAAAACAGCUUGAAUUUGGUUAACCGCAAAUGGCACUGGAAAAGGCAUAACAACUGCUUCAUAGGAUCUGAAUUCGUUAAUUGGCUCAUCGAAAACUUCCUGGACAUUGAUACAAGAGAUGAAGCUGUGAUUUACGGACAAGAUCUCAUGUAUCAAGGUCUCUUUGUUCAUGUUGAAAAUAGGCACGGCUUUUUGGAUGGCCAUUAUUUCUACCAUUUUAGUCCAGAUUAUGUGCAUAGCUCAGAGGUUCGGGAUCCCCCGCAGGAUCAGAGAUCUCUGUACACUGACGAGAAUGUAAGACGCGUAUCAGCACCAGAUGGUGCUGACAGUAAGCUGUCGCGCAUAGGGACUGGGGACGCUGUGGUAGGCGAUGAGGGAAGUAUGAGCAACAGUAAGCUAAGUACUCACAAGCCCACAGUUCUUCUCAGCAACAUGAUAACAGUGAAUGCGGACUCUGCAGGAAAGUCUUACAAACCCGAAGUCUGUAGGGUUCACUACGACCGCGUGCACAACCCAGACCAUUGCUUUCAUAUAAGGCUCGAAUGGCUGACUGCUACUCCCAAGCUCAUUGAUGAUCUGAUCAAUAGCUGGGCCAGACUUUGUAAGCGGUACGGUCUAAACUUGGUUGAGGUUCCAUGGGUUGAACUUUGCACAAUUCCUCUUUCCAACCCCUUCCACACUUUUGUUGAUAUCACUUUGGCUAUCAAUCCGUGGGAAGACCCUGAAUUUAAAGAUGAGCAGCUCAUAUCUCAAAGUCCCUACUACUAUCAUACAUUUCUUUUAGAGAAGAGCGGGUUUUUGAUAGACAACAGAGCUUCCCAGCUACUGAAUCAAAGCGUUACUGACCAUGAAGUGAUGUACUCGUGGGGCAAGCCAAAGUUCAAAUACGCUCAAUACAUUCAUCUGACAGGGGCUUACAUUGCGGAAAUACGAGAAAAUGGGAAUUUGUUUUUGGCCCCCAAUAAUAGACACCUUUCCCGAGUGAACGUGGACUCUGUCACUUUGAAAGUUAAACAGUCACCAACAUUCGCCUUAGACGCCCAGAAGAUAAUGCUUGCUUUCAAGGGUACCUGCCUUGACUAUGAAAAGUUGAGAAGCAUUUUCCUUGAUGCCAAGGGCGUGUGGCAGAGCGACAAAAGCAAACCGCUAUAA